ACUUUACUCGUUUGGCGUUAUCCGCUUGUCGAGUUCUCUGGGCUCAGUUCAACAUGUUCCUGAUGGGCGCUGGAUCGGUAGUCAUCAGUUUGAGCAUCGUUGCAGGCCGGGCGUUAUACUCUCAACUCCGAGAUGUUGCGGACGACGAAUGGGACGGAUGGGAAAAAUGGUCGACGACUGGCUUUGCAGUUUUGGAUGUCCUGACUCUCCGGGAUAAAGGUACCUGUGCACCUCGAAAGCCUGGACCCAUGAACUCUCCGUCAGACGCCAAUGCGAACAUUUGUUUCGGCCAUCCUCUCGUCGACUCCCAGCCUCCAACUAAACCUCUGCACCCCUCUCCAGAGAGCUGGGCUGUCGAGAAGGACGAUGAGGAGGAGGCAGAUGACCUAGUUCGAAACGCAAAUCCCGUCGGAAAGGCAACCACCCGCGUAAAUUGCCCUCUCGCAGCACCAUCCGCGUCCGCGUCUGCGUUAGAAUAUAUCGCGCGGAUGGAUCAUAUCACGUUGCCCCAAUCUCGAUACACUCCACCUUUGCAGAGCUCACCCCGUCACUUAACCAGAAGCUAUUUGCGCACAAGGAACGUGAGACACAUAAACUGUACCUCAAGGAGAGGGGACGAGAGCGUGUAUUGGCGCCUACCGAGAGGCCAGCUGCCAUCGUCAUUCACCCGAUUGGAGCAGGCUGGAUACGACCAAGCGAACAGUCUGACUUUUCUCGGUGCAGAAGACAUGAUUUUCCUUAUGAAAUACGUUUAUGAAAGUCAACUCCCUGGUCCAGCAGCUGAGGAACCUACAUUUGAUGCAUUCGACCUGGUCGACCUGACAGGCUGUAGUCUACCCACCAUACCCAUCGUCCUCCAUCAAAACGCUAGCUCGAUCUCCUGCACGACCCCCCGCGAUCUCAAAUUGUGCAGCAUGGCGAUGAAGAAAGUGCCUCAGAGUGUUCGGCAUUUCACCAGCCUACAUCGACUCGACCUAUCAUGUAAUCGCAUCGUGGACUCGGAGGAUGCUGGUCUCGACCGCAUACCUGAGCUCUCAAGCUUGAGACUUCAGGAUAACAGGAUAGAGCAACCGCCCUGGUACAAGUUGCCAGAAGAAUGCAGGAACCUUGUCAACCUACACUUACUUGACUGUCGAAGAAAUAACAUUUUGUCAGUUCUGGACGCCUCCAACGACGAUGUCACGUUCCUUAAAUUUCCUCCUAGCUCUCCACCGCAAAUAUCGCACACCCUCACACUACUCGAUGUUUCCUACGCUAAACUUUCCUCUCUUGAUACAUUCGAUUUCUCUCAGCUCGCUGCCCUUCAAACCCUGAAACUUGACCACAAUGAACUCCGCACGCUCCCAGACUCCCUCGGCGAUCUCUCCCAUCUCGUACACCUUUCCAGUUGCAACAACAAACUCGUCUCUUUUCCCUCUACUAUCGGCCUUCUUCAGCGCCUAGAAAAUAUUGAUGCUCAUAACAACGGCUUGACGGAGCUACCUGUAUCCCUCUGGAAUCGGGCAUCGUUAGUCCAUAUCAACGUUGCCUCCAAUCCGCUUGCUAGUUGGCAUGAUCCUCCUGGAGAUAACUUGGAUGCACCGGCGCCAUCUGGAAUAACUCUCGAGACCCCCUCAUCAUCAUCAGUCGGUCACACUCCAAGAAAGCACUCAAAUGCUACAUACACCAUGUCAAUACACAACGUACCUGGUCGGGCGCUCCCGCCCCUCGUUUGCUCUCUUGAACGACUGUCAAUCGGAGAGAAUCGUCUGAGAUCCCUCCGCUCACCAUUCUCAAGGAGCUCCGCACGGCGUCCUCAAUUUGUCCUUCAAGAACUGCCGCCUGCCUUCCUUCGCAAUCUUCAGCAGCUAGAGACACUGUACCGUAGUGGCAACCAGUUAACGAGUAUCCCCACUGAAGACCUCGUGAAAAUGACCAGAUUGUCGGUGUUGUUUUUGAAUGGGAACAAAUUCCAGACGCUCCCCGCUGAACUGGGCAAAAUUCCCAGGUACAACAUUCACAAUUUGGAAUCCGGAAAAUUCACUUUCUCUCAUCCCAUCCCAGCCCCGGGAACGCCGCGAGGUGAUGGAUUACUCCUCGCGGAUAACAAUAUCAUCGUCCUACUUGGCCAAGAAGGCGCUGUCAAUUCCAUUGCCCGCGGGAAAUUCUCUCUAAACUUCGACAGUGAGACAGAAUACAGAAACAUCGGCAUAUGCUCGUCGAUCCUUACAAUGCAGUGCAUCGCACAGCUGCUGCUCAUACCACAGGCCACGCUCUUCGGACAGAUCAUGUUGUUAGCCUCGCUUGCAGUCUCCUGGGCAUACACCCCAUGGUUGUCAUCGUUCGAUAAAUCAGAGAUCCAGAGGAGGCUGCUGGUGGAUGUAGUCCUCAAGCGGCCGCUGAUGACGAAAUAUAUGUUGGGCACGCGCACUACCAUGGCGGUCUUCGUUCUACUAGCAUUGAAUCCACUGAACUAA